CGUCUUCAGCCAUCACUGCGCGCACUGCAACAGGAUGCCGGUCCUGACGAGCCCCGACGUGGCCAACAAGUUCAAAGAGAAGUGGCUGUCCAUCUACCCGGAGGAUCAGGUCCCCGGGUGUGACUCUGCCCCCCUCGACGACAGCCUCACGAGCCUCCACUGGCUCCAGAAUUUCUCCAUCCUCAGCGCGGACCCGGAGCGACCCGGCGGCGCCGGACCGGGCUGCCCGUCCUCCCAGCACCACCUCUAUUUCAAGCGCCUGGGCUUCCCCAGGGCCGGCACCGACUCCCCGUCCAGCCCUCCGGCCGGGGACACGGCGGCCACCGGGAUGCCCCUGUACCUCGGCAGCCCCGUCACCUCCGGCAGCGAGUCCACCGUCGCGCCGCGGUUCCCCACUUACGCGCACCCGUCGCCCGGAUACCCGCAGGUCCCGAUCCAGGCGAGCCCGCCGGUGGAGGUCGACUACAAAACCAACCCCAAAGUCAAGCCCCCUUAUUCGUACGCCUCCCUGAUCUGCAUGGCCAUGGAAGCCAGCAAGCAGCCCAAAGUGACUCUUUCCACCAUCUAUAACUGGAUAACAGAGAAUUUCUGCUACUACAGACACGCGGAGCCCAGCUGGCAGAACUCGAUUCGCCACAACCUGUCGCUCAACAAAUGCUUCAAGAAGGUCCCCAGACAAAAGGACGAGCCUGGGAAAGGAGGCUUCUGGCAGAUUGACCCUCAGUACGCCGACAUGUUUGUCAAUGGCAUCUUCAAACGCAAAAGGUUGUCGGCGAACCACUACAGCAGCAGCAGCAGCAGCAACGUGCACAGACAGAGCAAACUGGUUCAGGGCUACCCCGCCAUCCAAAAUGGCUGCCUUUACCAAGGGGUGAGCGGCAAACGGAAGCAGCUGGCCUCUAAGAGCGGCAACAAGGCGGCGAGGGCCACGGAGUCUCCUCUGUUAGCCACCGAGGCCAACAAGGCGGACAUCCUGCGGGGGGACUUCGACCUGGCGUCCGUGUUCGACGACGUCCUCGGCGGGAGUUGUAGCACCUUUGAGGAUUUGGACAUCAACACCGCGCUGAGCUCGCUGGGCUGCGAGAUGGAGGUCUCCCUGCAGGGCGGGAGGCAGCACGCGGCGGCGGGGCUGGGGAGGUGGUGCGACGGAGGCGACGUGCUGGGCCAGAGCCAGCACGUGAGCCACCACCAGCCGUACGGCUACGCCGGCCUGAGCGCCGCCUCCAUGGAGUGCGCCGUCAACAUGGCGGAGCUGCACCUCCCUCAGCAGCAGCAGCAGCAGCAGCACCCGCAGCACCAGCACCCGCAGCUGGACCACGACCACCUGCUCCAGGGACACCACCCGCUGCACGGCUUCGACGAGCCCGCCACGUUGUUCCCGGAGCAGCCGGAGGAGGCGGUGCUGCAGCCGUGGGAGGAAAUCAAAGAGGAGGCGCAGGCCAUCCCUCUGACGCUGGAUCAGGGCUUCGGCCUGUGCGAGGGCUUCUUCACAGACAUGCAGACGUGGGAGCGAGUGGACAGCUAUCUGUGACCCUUGACCUUAGAUCGCAGUGAUUCCCGGUUCCUUUGACUGCUGGUCCGUCUCUGUAUUACGUGAGAGAAUAACAUCUAUUCUCCCUCAGUCAUUCACUGCACAUGUAAUGUAGUUUUUUUCCCCAUGUUCCUAGGCUAAAAUGCAAACAUGAUCAUAUCAAAACCAACCUAUAAACACUUUUCCGAUUGUGGAUUUGUUGGAUGAGACGAUGACGAGAGAUGAUCUCCUAUUUUCAAAACCAAAUUCAAUUUUUUUAUGGAUUUAAAUCACUGAUGAAUCAAUUA